ACUCAAGGGAGUUGAUCGAUUUGUGAAGUUGACGUGUACAACUAGUGUACAACGGCAGUUCAAACAUUUCGUGUUAUCCCAAAGUUAUUUUAAAAUAAAUAAGCGAAGGUGAAGGUGUUUUUUUUGUGAAUAAUUGUCUUGAAAUUUAGACAAGACGCCAAAUUCCAGAAAAUCGGACAAAAUGGUGAAGAUGGAUCAUGAUGAUGGAAAUAAAAAUGAACCAGAGCAUGUGAGAAAAUUAUUCAUCGGUGGACUUGACUAUAGAACAACUGACGAUUCUCUAAAGAAGCAUUUUGAACAAUGGGGCGAUAUUGUGGAUGUUGUUGUAAUGAAGGAUCCAAAAACAAAACGAUCAAGGGGAUUUGGAUUUAUUACAUAUUCAAGAGCUCAUAUGGUUGAUGAUGCGCAAAAUGCAAGGCCACAUCGUGUCGAUGGACGUGUUGUUGAGCCAAAAAGAGCUGUACCACGACAAGAAAUUGGAAGACCCGAAGCUGGUGCAACAGUGAAAAAAUUAUUUGUCGGUGGAUUGAAAGACGAUCAUGAGGAAGAUGAUCUUCGAGCUUAUUUCCAAACUUAUGGUCAAAUUAAUUCUGUCAGUAUUGUAACGGACAAAGAAUCAGGAAAGAAACGAGGAUUUGGAUUUGUUGAAUUUGAUGAUUAUGAUCCAGUUGAUAAAAUUUGCCUCCAACGGAGUCAUCAAAUCCGCGGAAAACAUGUGGAUGUUAAGAAGGCUUUAAGUAAAGCGGAAAUGGCCUCAGCAACUAGUGGAGGUGGUGGUGGACGUGGUGGUCAAGGUGGAAGAGGAGGACCACGAGGAGGAAAUCAAAGUGGAGGAAGCUGGGGUGGACGUGGAGGUGGUGGCGGCGGCGGUGGCGGAGGUGGAAAUGACUGGAAUAAUGGUGGAAAUCAAGGAGGAUACGGCGGUGGCGGAAAUCAAGGAGGCUGGGGAGGUGGUAAUGGACCCUGGGAAAAUCAAAAUCAAGGUGGUGGUAAUUGGGGAGGACAAGGAGGUCAAGGAGGCUAUAACAGUGGUGGAAACUGGAGCAAUGACAACUUUGGAGGUGGCUAUCAACAAGGCUACGGCGGUGGACCUUUGAGAAACAAUUACAAUAGUGGCGGUCGAUCAGCACCAUACGGUCAAAUGGGAGGAAACAGCGGCGGUGGCGGAGGUGGUGGUGGCGGUGGUGGAGGCGGUGGUUAUGGAGGAGGUAAUCAAGGCGGAUAUGGAAAUAACGUUGGAGGAGGAAAUAUGGGAGGAGGCGGCGGUGGUGGUGGAAGAAGAUACUAAAUAAUCCUGGAUUUCUUCAAUUGGUGACCCCUACUUGUCUUCUAGUCAUCAGUACUUUCUGUACUGUUUAGUUUGGAGCAGGCAGGUCUAAAAGGCUAGAGACAAGACCAGGCAGGACAAUCAGGAUUCAGGACAGAGAAGCGUCAUCUGUUAGAUUGCUGUGAGGGAGGCUUAUUUCUGUAUUACAUUUGGUACCUAGCACCUACUGCAUCAGUUACACUUUCGUCCCAAAAUAUUGUGAAAAAAAUGAAAGAAAGAAAGAAAGAGUUGUACCACAGUUUUAUAGACAAUGCUCGCACCCUCUUGUGUCACGUGUAUUUAUAUUAUUUAAUAGGCAUGAAAGGCAGUAAUCGAUAUAGGAUUCUAAAAUAAUAGAAAAAAUCUAUAUUCUUAUCGAAUAUAAAAACUAUUUGGCAUUUUUUUUUUCAUCUUCAUUCAAUUGACUCUUAAGCCGAUGAUCCGCUUGUUUUAUUUUUCUUAAAUAUUUAUUUAAAAAAAAGAAAAAAAAAGUUUUACUGUCGCGCGUUUCAAUCCUAAUUUACCAAAAAAAAAAAUUAGUUUUCAAAUUCAUGCCAUUUCAAAAUUCAGAAAUCUGAAUUAAGUUUUAGUGUUAGGAGUGAAAAAGAAGUAAUUUUUUGACGACCCGGUCCAUAUAAGAAUCUAGCUUUCAAUAUACAAAAAAAGUCGAUUCUUAUGUAGACUAAAGAAUAAUAAAAAAAAAAAAAAAUAAAUAAGAUAUGUCAGGAAAAGUAAAACUUGAUAUCAAAUGUAUAGGCAGACUAUUUUGUAGUUCGUCUAGGUUAAUCAAUUUAUUUUUAAGUUGUAAUACUACAGUUAGAUAAUAAAAACAGACCAUAACCUUCUCAACGAUA